AUGGAUACCAUCUUAGUCUUCAGCCUAAUCAUUGUAUCCUGUGAUUCCAACAAGAAAGACCUCAGAGAAAGCAGCUGCCAAGUGGAACAGUUCCCUGGGCUCUUCCCAAAGGAUGUGAAAAGCAUGAGGGAAUUCCUAAUGCAAGUUCCUUCAGAAACUCACACAGAAGCCAAAAGGGCCACAUUUAUCCAAAAUCAGACUAUGGCUACCCUGCAGUGCCUUGGCUCUGGGAGCAAAGUGAAAGUCAACCUUCUAUACUUGGAGGGGAGGCCAGAAGUCAAACCUGUUCUGAAGAACCUAAGAGUCAUUGCUGCUCCCCAUAGAAACAGCUCUGCUUCCCCAAGCUGUCACCUAAUCCCCACAUCCAAGUUCCAGACUGGAUCCAUUCUAACAGCUUUUUUGCCAGGGAUCUCCCAAUGUAAGUUCUAUCCCAUGAUGAGGACGUCAUCAGAGACUUUUCCCAUCACUACCACCUCCACAACUUCUGGGAAUGAAGAAGAAGAGAAAACUACAAGUACUGGUGAUUUUUCUAGCCCUUUGACACAAGUCACAGAUGAGGACCUAGCAAAAAGGCAGAAAUGGAGUAUUGUGGUCAAAUUUCUGAUUGCUGUCACCCUGUUGGUCACUGGAGUUGCCAUUAUGAUAUUUGUCAUUUUUGAAGUCCCAUGCCCUAGUCGAUGCCUAGGAGCCAGAAGACUGUGCCAAUGCCAGCAGCUGUGGAGAAGGCAAAAGAAGGGAGACCAGCACCCUGGGGCAGCUGAAUCCCAGGCAGAUUCUCAGCCUGAGAAGGGAGUAAAUCACAACAUUCCUAACUCAUCAAAUGCGAAGAAAACUACAGAAAUUACUAUUAUCCACCAGACAUACUUUUGA